AUGAGAGCUGCCAUGAGGAUCUCGGCAUUGUGUGAGGCAGGAGUCAUCUAUGUCAUGACACAUGAUUCUAUUGGUCUUGGAGAAGAUGGCCCUACCCAUCAGCCAAUUGAACAUCUGAUAAGCUUCCGAGCCAUGCCCAACAUUCUUAUGCUCAGGCCUGCUGAUGGCAAUGAGACUGCUGGGGCAUACAAGGUUGCAGUGCUCAACAGGAAGAGGCCGUCAGUCCUUGCCCUCUCCCGUCAGAAGCUUCCUCAGCUUGCAGGAACAUCAAUUGAAGGAGUUGAGAAGGGAGGAUAUAUCAUAUCAGAUAAUUCCUCUGGCAACAAACCAGAUCUGAUUUUGAUAGGCACUGGUUCAGAACUGGAGAUUGCAGCAAAGGCUGCAGAUGAGCUGAGGAAAGAGGGGAAAGCGGUACGUGUGGUAUCCCUUGUUUGUUGGGAGUUGUUUGAUGAGCAAUCGGAUGAAUUCAAGGAAAGCGUCUUCCCUGCUGCUGUCACUGCUAGGGUUAGUAUUGAAGCAGGGGCCACACUUGGAUGGGGAAAAUACAUUGGGAGCAAAGGCAAGGCAAUUGGGAUCGACCGGUUUGGAGCAAGUGCACCGGCUGGGAGAAUAUACAAGGAGUUUGGCAUAACAGCAGAGAGUAUCAUCGCAGCAGCCAAAUCUCUAUAAGACGAAGUUGUUCAACGCUGCUCUGUCACCUGUGAUUACAAAGGGAAAUUAGAUUUCGGUGCCCUUGUGAGUUUGAUGACACUAUAGCAAAAGAAACCUGCUUAAGAGAUUGAAAUCUGGCUUUUGGCCCAUAAUAAAGUUCUCGAAUGUCCUUGAGCAUGUUCUUCUUCAUGAUUGAUGAAGUUGUCUUCAUCAGAUUUAUUUGAUUGUUCGACAAACUGUAUUUUCUGCUAUUUAUUUUGAAGCUUGGAACUCUUUUCAAAGUAGUUUCUUUAGUUGGGAAAUGUUCUUUCUGCUCUCUU